AUGGUAUUAGCAGAUCUUGGGGCUCGUCUUCACGGCGCUCUUUCACAACUCUCUCGGGCUCCAGUGGUAGAUGAUCAGGUCCUCGAUGCUCUUUUGAAAGAACUCACGGCGGCCCUUCUGGAAUCUGAUGUGAACGUCAAACUCGUAGCUUCGCUCCGUAAUAAAGUGAAGACCAAAGUCAAGAAAAGUCUGGAAGAGAGUGCUGCUGCGGGGGGACGAGAAGUCAAUCGAAAGAAUGUGGUGCAGAAGGCGGUCUUUGAUGAGCUGGUCGCUUUGGUCGACCCGGGUGUGGAACCUUACAAACCGAUAAAGGGGAAGGCCAACGUCCUGAUGGCUGUUGGUAUUCAGGGAGCAGGGAAAACAACUACAUGUACCAAGCUCGCCGUGCAUUAUCAAAGACGAGGCUUCAGGACAUGUCUGGUCUGCGCGGAUACAUUCCGAGCUGGGGCAUUUGAUCAGUUGAAACAGAAUGCCACCAAGGCUAAAAUCCCUUUCUACGGAAGUUACACGGAGACGGAUCCCGUGGCCAUCGCCUCGUUGGGAGUUGAAAAGUUUCGAAAAGAAAGGUUCGAGGUAAUCAUUGUGGAUACUUCGGGAAGACAUAAACAAGAAAGCGAGUUGUUUGAAGAGAUGGUAGCUAUAAGUAAUGCUGUCAAACCUGACAUGACAAUCAUGGUUCUUGACGCUUCUAUAGGUCAAGCGGCGGAAGGUCAAAGUCGAGCUUUCAAAGAUAGCGCAGAUUUCGGAGCUAUAAUCGUUACCAAACUUGAUGGUCAUGCUAAAGGUGGUGGAGCCAUUUCAGCUGUGGCAGCGACCAAAACUCCUAUCAUCUUUCUGGGCACGGGAGAACAUAUGAAUGAUCUCGAACGUUUCGCACCACAACCUUUCGUCUCCAAAUUGUUAGGUAUGGGAGAUAUGCAGGGCCUUAUGGAGCAUAUGCAGGAUAUGGCCAGAGCCAAUCCGGAACGACAAAAAGAGAUGGCUAAGAAACUCGAACAGGGCAAAUUCUCCUUGCGCGAUUGGCGAGAACAGUUGUCAAGUAUCAUGAAUAUGGGAUCAUUGUCAAAGAUCGCUUCGAUGAUACCUGGUUUACCAGCCGGUGUCAUGGAUGGUAGUGAAGAAGAAGCGACUAUGAAGAUGAAAAGGUUGAUGUUCAUUACGGAUGCAAUGAGACAGGAUGAGUUGGAUUCGGACGGAUUGAUAUUUUUUUCGUUUGAUAAAGCUGGUCAUCCCGUAGGACUUAAUCGUCGAGCUAGAAGAGUCGCAAGAGGGUCUGGUACUUCGCUCAGAGAGGUGGAAGAGUUGUUAGCGCAAGCUAGGAUGAUGGCUGGUAUGGCACGUCAGGCUGGGGGACAGAAUGGAUGGAUGUCAGCGAUGCAGAAAAUGCAGGCUGCAGCGGGAGGCAAACCAUUAGGUCCUAAUGGUCAACCCAGUCCCGCGCAGAUUGAAGCUAUGAGACGCGCCAUGCCUCCUGAGAUGAUGCGAAAACUCCGGUCCAUGGGUCCUCAUGGAGCACAAAAGAUGAUGCAGGAAAUGAUGGGAGGUUCUGGUGCAGGUCCAGGUGCAGGACCGGGUGCCGGACCAGGUGCAAUGGACUUUGGGUCCAUGAUGAGGGGUAUGAUGGGUGGAGGUGGUGGUGGAGGAGGGAUGCCGGAUAUGGGCCAAAUGCAACAAGCGAUGCAAGCUAUGGGUGGUGGAGGUGGUGGAAUGCCAGAUAUGAGUCAACUUAUGCGCAUGAUGGGAGGAGGAAGAUGACCUUCUGGCCGUCCUCAACCACAGUCCCUUAGCUCGUUCACGAUACUCGUACAGUUGAGAGCUUGAUGUUCAUGUCCUGGCAAAGUCGUGCUAGCAUGCAGGUCAAGUACUGCAAUGAGACAUUCACAAUGGAUCUGAAACGCAGUAAAGAAAGAGUGACGUCGGUUCAAAACCACGGCAUAUGCAUACAUUCCCUACG